AGGGGGGCGCCUUGGGGGUUUUUAGUGGUGUGGUGCGGCAGUGUUGGCUGAGUGGUCCUAGUGAGCAGGUGUGAUAACCUUCCCCCAUUGAAAAAGUGCUGUUUAAAACACAGGGUGCGUGGUCGAGCAUCUUCUGCUGCUGCAUCAUCCUCGUCGUCGUCGUCGUCGUCAUCUCUUGUCACAUCUCCCGCUGGACGGUGUUCAACGCUCUUCCACCUCACACACACACACUGCUUCUUUUCAGUUGAAAGACGGAUUUUCGUAGAAAUACAGAGAAGUGUUAGUGUUGUGUUGUUAUCGUGAAAAGACACGCACACUUGUAAGACACAGUAUCGCUCAGAAACUAGAGACCGCAACCUUCCGUCACUCGUGAGAGUAGUUCGUUGUGGUUCCCUGCUCAUAGAAAGCGCUUCGGACGAUUCCUCUUCAUCCUCAUCCUCCUUUUCCUCUUGUACCGCCACCACAAACUUUCCUCCUCCAGCAGAAGCACUAAUCAGCGAGAAAACCUAACUUGGUGUACGAGACGACAAGAACACCAAAUCAGAACUGCGUCCCACGGCUGCUGUCCUGUGCCGUGUGGUAGCGAUUGUCGCGCCCAUAGAGUGCCGAAUCAUCUGCUGCUACAUCUAUCAUCCUCCAUCCUUUUAACCGUGGCCCUCUUGUCCCAGCAACGUCAUCAGAAGCAUCAGUAGCAGCGCCGGACUUUUUUAAACUAGGGACGUGAACGUUGAAUUGUUCGUCAGGUGAGCUCUUGACCUCCGCUCUCCUCUGUUCUUCCCGUCUAUCUUCACACGCCAUGGAAGAUUCCACCAGCAGCACUUUUAAGGUCAGCGUCGAAACGUGGAUGAGCGGGAUGAUGAACGGCAUGGAUGGAUGUACGACUCAGAAUGGCACUGCCUCCUCCAACUCGUCUCAGAGUGGCCAUAUUGAGGAGUCCAAAACAAACCUCAUUGUCAACUACCUCCCGCAGAACAUGACUCAAGAGGAGAUACGGUCACUUUUCUCUUCCAUAGGCGAGCUCGAGUCGUGUAAACUAAUAAGAGACAAGGUCACAGGUGAGUCAGGUGAGUGUGGGCCGCCCCUAGAGACGUCAGUUCCGGCAAUCUGCAGUCAGAGUUUGGGAUAUGGUUUCGUCAACUAUGUCAGGCAGGAUGAUGCAGAAAGAGCCAUCAACCAGCUCAAUGGCCUACGUCUCCAGAACAAAACAAUCAAGGUAUCAUAUGCAAGGCCGAGCAGUGAAGCCAUCAAGGGUGCCAAUCUGUAUGUUUCUGGUCUACCCAAAUCCAUGACACAGCAGGAUCUAGAAGCAAUGUUCAGGGCAUAUGGUUCCAUUAUCACUUCUCGCAUUUUAUGUGAUAAUAUCACAGGCUUGUCUAAGGGAGUGGGUUUUAUCCGAUUUGAUCAACGUAUUGAAGCUGAACGUGCUAUUCAGAAGCUGAAUGGUACUAUACCAGAUGGGGCUCAGGAACCCAUCACUGUCAAAUUUGCAAAUAAUCCAUCGAACAACAACAAAGCGGUGCCACCUUUGGCGGCUUACCUUUCACCACUGACCCGGCGUUAUGGAGGCCCCAUCCACCAUCCAGCUGGGCGCUUCAGAUACAUUCCCCUCUCGCCCCUUACCAGACAUUCCUUGGUGUUCCCUCAAGUGAAAACGAUAGAUUCACUGCCGGAGGAGCCCUCAAAUCUUGCCCAAGAUAUGAAAAGCAAGUUAGUGACGCCUGCGGGAGCUGCACGCAGGGGUCGCGAUCCUCAAAUGGCAACCGGGGAUGAUGAUCCAGACCCAAGGUAUUCCCCCGGGUCGGGUGAUAACCUGUUGGGGAACUCCCUCCUGCCUGGUAGUGCCCUCAACGGAUCCGGUUGGUGCAUAUUCGUGUAUAACCUGGCACCAGAAACAGAAGAAAACAUCUUAUGGCAACUCUUCGGACCUUUUGGUGCAGUUCAGAACGUAAAGGUUAUCCGGGACCUGCAGACGAACAAAUGCAAAGGAUUUGGAUUUGUCACCAUGACGAAUUAUGACGAAGCUGUCGUUGCCAUCCAGUCUUUGAAUGGCUACACUCUUGGCAACCGAGUCCUCCAAGUUUCGUUCAAGACCAACAAGCACAAGAGUUAAGGUGGGUGUGUUCCCUGACGUCCGGGCUCAGUCACCGUCCUGCAGCCCGGGGGCGCCCCAGCUGUUGCCCUCAACAAGCAUUGGCACCGCCCGUCACGUCACUGUCUCCUCUCGGUGGCGGGUGUGGUAAAAACGACCCCCCUACGACAGCUUGACCCACACCAAGGGGGUCAUGUGCUAGUCAGGUCCAGAGGACCCCAGGGUGUCCCACUCUGCAGGUGGCAGCUGUGAAGAAUGUAAGAAAAAGAUUACACUGCAGUCACCGGGGCCUACAACAGUAAAUAAAACUCAUUUGGCCCCCUGCUACCCAGACUGGACCCCAACAUUCCCCGCCGCACUAUGUGUGAGGUGCUCUCGCGGGGAGGUCGUCAUACAUCCGCCCCCAGCCAUCCAAAUAUAUGUAUAUUAGAGCGUACUUAACAGUUUAUCAAGAGUCAUAUGAUCUGAUUAUCCCAAAGCAGAACUAGUCGGCUAAGUGAGGAUGUAUCACAAGGUGCUAGUCGCACUAAGGCCAGUAGUGGUAUCUAUUGAAUGCCACUUACCGCUGAUAUCAUUACUACUGUAAGUUGUCGAGUCCUCAAAACCUUGUGUGAAUGGGUUUGCGCUACUCGAAGUGAGUGUAGACAGGCAUAUGGGCUAGUGUGGGUAUCUGUUUUUGUGUCAUACCCAUUCUCAUGCCAUCCUGCCUACACCCACCGAAUGUGCGCUCUUAUUUAUUGAUAUUUAUCUCAUAUUUAAGGCUAAGUGUAUUUUUAUUGUCUUUACUAAUGUACACUUAAAGAAAUAAGUGUAAUGUUGCAUUAUUUUGCCUCUGAAAAAAAUAGUAUAGUAUUUUUUUUCUUUACCUUAUUAAAGGGAAUAGUUUAGUAUUUUGUUUAUUUACUUUUUCAAUCAUGAGCAGCAAUAGAAUCUCAUUUUUUUUCUUUUUGGUUGUGGCCUUGCUUUAGAAUGAGAAGCAAGUUUUCUAGUCUUUAAUUCAAGUCGUUAUGUAUAGUAGGUUGAUUUUCCUAGUAUAGUUUUCAUGUUUUCCGUAAUUUCCACAUUGUGAGAAAAUGUUUUCUUGAUUGUCUCAUAUUCUUUAUUUCUGUGAACAUCAUAUGUGAAAUAGACAUUUUAGUUUUGUGUGGCUGGGAAAUAAAUUUAGUUUGUUUAUUUGAGUUUGCCUUUUUAUUUAGUUGACACUAUUUGUCCCUUUUAGUUUCUUACUAACACAUUGCACGACAAUGCUUCAGCACGGGUCCCUUGGUUGUCACGUGUAUUUAUCGCACUGCCAGGAACUGCUGGUUGGAUCAGUGACUUACACAUCACCUGUAAAAUUUAUUGUCAUACCUUCCAAGUGGUGUGCUUCAGGUAUUUUGCUGGUGUUUGUAUUGGUUAUUGUUUUCUUCCAGACCUGGUUUGAAGCUCCCAUCUGUGUAGUAGCCUCGUCAUUUACUUUCAGCUUUAAAAUGAAAUCAGUAAUGGAUGACUUCAUAUUGGCAUAUGCCUUGUCUUUGUAUAACUUUGUAAUCCUGCAUUAUUUUGAUAGUAAAGCAAUUGAUAAUAGGGAAGAGCAAUAAAUUGUAAUGAAAAUUAGAAAUUUUUAGUACUGAGUUAAGGUUGCUGCUUAACUUGAUUGUGUUUGCAGCAGUAUGGAAGAAGGGUAGCAAAUGGCAAGGUUAAAACACAGCUGAUAAGAUAAAGGGCUUCUACCAACUGUUGUAUAUCAUAUUGUUGAGUUGGUUCUCUUGGUUUGCUUCUUGGGACUUCUUUUUUUUUGGGGUUUUUGAGGAUAAAACCGCGCAAGUUAAGCACACACAAAGUACUGGUGGUCCUCGAGCAGGUGUCACAAUAAAGGCUACUUAACGAUCGACCCUUCUGUACUAAUCUGCUGUCAAGGUAAGGAUAAGGGAAACUUCCAUGCAAACCUAAAGAUUAUCUUGAGAGAAAAAAUGUGUCUAUUUUUGUACAGAAAUUUAGAUAAAGAACCCUAAUAACAUUCCUGCAUCAAUCGAUAUAUAAGUCAAUAAUGAUAAUGAUAAUAAUAAUUGAUUUUUAUUGAUAUUAUUAUUGCUAUUAUCAUUUGUGCAUCAAUCGAUAUAAGUUAAGCAUAUGUAGAUGGCAGUGUUGUGAUUAGAGUUCCGAAUUUUGCAGUCUGAUUGCAAAUGUCACCCUUCACACACCCUAUCGUAAGGGUAAUUUUUCUGAAGCCAGUCAGAUUUAACAACCCUAACAUUUUCACUCAGUGUCAGAUGUGUAUGUACGGGUGAUAUUUUUAUAGCAAGAUUGUAGCCUUCGGAACUCCUCUUUAUAUACCCGCCGAAGCACCCGUUAAAGAACAGACACGGUGGUUCUUCUGUUCAUAGAGGGUUUUAACAAGUUUUAUCAGUUUUUUAUAUACAGUACCAAAGCUAGUUGUCGGCACUUGUCUAUAAUAAUUGUAUCUGUGGGGCUUUAAUUAUGUGAUUAGUAGCCCUUUUGUAAAGGCCAACAAAUUUCUAUCAUAAUCCAGUUUAAAAUAUUAGGAAAGCAACAUUUGAACUUAAAAAUUAUUAACAUCCAAAAAUAAUGUUUUUAGGGUGUGGAAGGGUGUAAGGCUCAGGAUUGUGUUUAGGUAGGUACCAUUGUUUUGGGUCUCUUGGUUCAAAUUCAGGGUAUGGUGCAGGAAAAGCUGGUCUUUUUAGGCUGGAUAGGUAGAUGGUUUUUAUUAUGGUAACUGUCAUUCUCUAGAAUGUGAUGACAGAUGUUGUUAGGACUGUUGAAAAAAUAAUAAUAAUAAUAAUAAAAGUAGUUUGUGAUGGUAUUUUUAUGGUGAGAAUAUUUAUGAAAGAUUGCUAUCACCCCCCCCAAAUAUUCAUACUGUCCCUCUAUGAAUGAAUCAACGAAAUAGAUUAAUACUGAUAAUGGUACUUCUUGUUAAAUAGAUUUGAUGUUAAUAAAGUGCAGGUGAACAGAUACAUUCCUCUUUCCGUCACAGAUAUUUGCGUUCUAGUUGAUUGCUGGAAGGUCACUCAUGCGAGGUUAGGCGGCGGUGCCACAAGGGGUAAGGAGGCAAUGGGGUUUGGGGCUGCUACUACCUAGUAUGUACCCCCAAUUAAAGGGGGCUGUCAUUCCUUUAGCCCCCUUUGCUUGUUGUAACACCACCACCAUGACCCAUUGUCAAAUGGAUUGUUUUGUAGGUUAAAGGUAUGUAAUUUUAUAAUUUGUUCAUGUUUAGAAAUUUUAAAGAAAUUCUAAAGUGUUUGUAUUAUCCAAAGGGGUUUUCAUUAUAGAGUAGGGAAAAGAUUUUGAUACAAAGUGAUCACAUUUUGGAUAUAAAAUUACUGCUUGUAAUGGUGGUGGUGCUACGUAAAAGGGUUCGGUAUUGGGGAAGGCACUCUUUAUUAAGAGAGUUCUUUCUCACGCCCAUACCACCCAUAGCGCCUGCCCGUCGGCUGCGCUGCCUCCCUGAAUUCAGUUUUAUAGGGAUCAGUACCCACAGACUUUGGUUUUAGGAUUUAUUUAUUAAGAUGGUAAACACGUGUAUCCCACGAUAAAUCCUAUACUCAGUGUAACCAAAGGUGCAUUAAAAAUUGGAUCUCAGAUUAAUGUUUGUUCAAAGGAAAAGUUGGGCGCUGGUGUUAGUGUUGGACAGUUGAUAUAGUUUACCUGCUCAGGCGGAGGAAUGUUGGGCAUGCGAUCCUCCCCUAGUUUGCACCAAACGGGUCCACACUAGGCAGGCGGGUCACUGUCCGGCACCGGACCGCGCCACAGAGUGAAGGACUUUACGGAUGCAAACUCCCUGGUGCCGUCUGUCACUGCUGAUGCUGAUGCUCAUGUGUCCAGUUGACUACCAGCAAGGCCUGUGGGCAGCAGCACCAGAAGGGUGGACGGACACUGCCCUUGUAGCGUGGGUGGAGUAGGGUGACGGAUUUGCCGCACCGCCACUGUCAUGACCCAAUGCAUUAUUUGCUAGGCUUGUGAUGGCGACGUGGCAUCCUAAUCACGUUUACUGCCGCACACGUAAAACCCAAUCUGUCAAUGUGUUUGUCGAUUACGAUGCAUUCAGUUUGCAUUUUACCGCGUAUCUAGUAUCGUAAUUUAUAAUAUAUUAUUGUAUCUAUUUGUCAUCUUCUUGUAUAUUAUUCAAGUCUAGUUUGAAUAUUGUUCAUAUUAUUAUUCCUCUUAGAAAGGAACAUGCGGAGUUUCCUGCUGGCCCUGAUAUUGUUUACCGAACAAAAUUGGUUUUCCAGGCAGUGGUGAAGGUGUUGGGUUGCAUGUGAGAAUGACCCCCCGAUAGCACAAAUUACUGGCAUAUCUUGGUCCUUUUGCAGUAGCAGCUCAUCCCUUCACCACCAGCCUUUACAACCCACCCCAUACUCCGCAUGUCUCCCACACUUGGAUUUAUUGUAUAUGUAAUGUAAACCUUUUCUCCUCUUUGUGUGUUGUAGCCUACUAGGUUUAACGCCACACUCCCACUCUGGCUGACGGGCUGCUCGGCUCAGCCAGCCCCCACCUGCUGCCCGCUAUGCCCCGUCUUGGUGCUUGGUUCAUGCCGUUUGUUGUCUGCUCACUGUUUUUGCCUCUGUGCUCGCCACCACAGUCUCUGUGGUUUCUGAGUUCAGUUUUGUUGUCAGAGGGCAGAGAGCAUGCGCGUGUGGACGUGCGUGCGUCCCGGAGGGAAGUUCUCUGGUGCCACGUUGUUUCGCAAGCUAUCACUCAAUCAUUCCAUGUUCUCUGUGUCUGUGUUUGUAUUGAGUCUAAACUGCAACUUGUUAUUGACUUAGGGGGUCUAAUCUGAAUACCUCGACAACAAAUGAUGCAAUAAUGUCUUUUAUCAGACUCUUAUUGUAGAGUAGUCUAUAUGAAGAUUAUAAUAAAAAGUCAUCCAAAGAGAAGUAGUGGUUUCACAUCUAAAUUUUUAUUAUUACAAAUAGUCUUGGGACACCAUCUCUGGCACAACUAUUUUGUAAGUGUUAAAGAUAAAUUUUUGAGCAAAUACCGCUGGGGAUGGUGACCCGAGCAUUGGCCGUCAUGUUUCCACACCCGCCGUGUGUUGAUUUGCCCCAUGAAGUACAUGAUGGUGUAGUGGGUACAUGUGGGGUGGCCCGAUCAGCGCCCUUUCCAGCCCUAUGAUGAUUAUGGGAUUAGAUCACUUUUGUAUCAGCCUUCCGGGCAGUCAAUGAUAGAUAACCAUCAUUAAUUUUCUGAACACAUUACUCUGUUCUUAAUCUAUGUUGGAAGAAAAGAGCUAGUUAGAAAGCCACAUAGCAAUCUGUGUGGCCACAAUCCUUACCCACAUUUUCUUACUCAUACAGUCUUUUAGUGUAGGCUACAGGACCUAUGGGGUUUAGGUGAGUGGGUUUGUGAGCGCACUUUAUUUGUCUAUGUAUUAAUCUUGCUAGGGAGUGUAGUUGACAGCGCUGGUCUGGGCUGACUCUUCAUGUUGCCCUUAGACGCCAACUUAGUUGUUCUGUUGCCCCCUCUCCCUCCCCCUCCCUCCCAAGUGGUAGGCAGCCUGGAAACUUCUGCUGCUACCACCACCCAUCAAGCCGCCACAUGUCAUGGAAUGGCCCACCUCCUCCUUCUGUACUGUUCAGCUUCUGUAGAGUGCCGCCGCUAGGUGUCUGUGUGUAUGGUUUACAUUACCUCUGGGUGUGUCCCAAGCUGCCCCGCCCCUGCCUAGCCACCCACCACUACAAACCAACCACUUUGCCCACCAUCAUCAUCAUGCCCACACUGGCGCAGGUCACAGCUAGGGCCAAGCUGAUGGGCGGGGACAGCAGAGCAGGUAGCCCGAGUUUUGUCUCCUGACAUCUUUAGCACGUAAGACUUUUCUCCUGAUAAUUAUCAUUCUUCUUAUUUAGAGUAAUAAUCCGAUAUACAGGCAUAUAGUAUGAGCGCUUCUGUAUAAGUUACCGUAGUCUAACUAUUAAUCUUAUUAUAUUUAAUGUGUCAUUAGUCUAUCUGUUUGCUUGUUUAACUUGUCGAGUGUAGAGCCAUGGGUUGGAUUUUGGUUAUUUUGGUCACAUGUUUGCAAAUGAAAUUAAUUGAAUAAAAAAAUAUAUUUGUAAUUUGAGAUGAAGUAAGAACUAAUUUUAUGCUGAGCCUAAGAGGACCCCUGAGACAGCCAGCCCAGCCACGUGCCCUACGCCCACAACUGGAAUGGCCAAAUUCUCUCCCAUUGACUUUGGUUUGAAUACUGUACUGCUCGUAAUUAUCCAAGUAAUUAAAUAUUGGUUUUGUCGUGUAUUUGUGUUCCAAGCAGUCUUAGACACUAAAAGUUGUAGAUCAUAAGUUCUUUGCCAGUUCAUGUAAGUUCCCCCUUCAAUUUUCGCUGGGAUCCGGUCUCCGUUUUCUUUGAGUUGUCAGUCGCUCUUGGAGGCGCGCCGACCGGCCGAGCCUCUUCUGUUCCUUUGCCUCUUCCACCCUCGUCCAUCCUUUAGCUUUCUAUUCUUCUACUUCUAUUUAACAUAUAUCUUACAUUAUUCCUAUAUCCCUAAUUCUGUACUAACCUAUCAUUUUCCUAACCUCCCCUUUCCCCUGCCUCCCCCUCCCAUAUUCCUGCAAGGUGUCCCAAACUUUGCUCUGCAGCCCAAAAUGCCACCACCACCCGCGUUCUUCUUGCCCUUAUGUUUCCUGUCACUCGUAAUGAGGCAAUUGUGAUUUUGGCAAGGACCUGAACAAUUAACAAAAUAAAAAAAAAUAAAAAAAGUUGACCAGGGAGCUUUCCACAGCUGUUUUAUUUAUUUACCAGUGUUUUUGUCAAGAGAGUUGAAUGCGCUGCAGGGUCAUGGGGUGGAGAAUGAGCUAUAUGUUUAAAGCUUUAAUACUGCAGUGCAAAAAUUUUUGUUGCAUUUGGACCACAUUCAACUGCAUUGAGCAGUAUGUUGGUGUACUUACUAGACUAGAUACAAGUACUGUAAUUGAUUAGAGAUUAGUUGGGAAUAUUGAAUAAGAAUUUUAAGCAUUAUUCUCUCCUUGUAUCCUGAGAAGCACAACUCUCUGGCUCAGCUACAUAAGCCCCUGACCAAUUUUUGUACACAGCGAUGCAGAUUGAUCUUGUUGUCGUUUCCAAAGGUAGUUUUGGUUGUAUUGCAAUAUUUGUACUUUUCCAUGUUGAAACCUUAAACAAUAAAUUAUUGCAAGACAUGUUU